AUGCGACACAUUAUCGACUACAUCGACCAUCCAUUCCGAGGAGUUGGAGACUUGACAAUGUCGUCUCCAUUCCUGGACAACUCGCUCACCCGGUCUCCCACAUCGUCUCAGGCCCCUCAGCUGCCCUCCUCCUUCAAGUUUGUGCCCCAAAUGGAUCUGUACAACAAACCCGAUCGCAUUCGAGUCUCCAUGUCGCUUCCAGGCGUCAAGAUGGAUGACAUUGUGGUGGAGUUCGAAGAUGAAGCCAGAGUCUUGUCUGUCAGUGGCGAGACAUGUUCAGAGACCGAUAAGGACAGUCUGGGACUGGUUAUCAACGAGCGACAGUGUGGAGAAUUCGAAAGACGAAUCAGAAUCCCCCAGGGAGAAAACAUCGAUCCAGACCACAUCACAGCCAAGCUGACCAACGGCGUUCUGGAGGUAGUCAUCCCCAAGAUCGAGGGUAAGCCUGAACCCAAGAAGGUGAACGUUGAUAAGGAGUAG